AUGUUGACAUUUUUGGUUUAUGAACACCAAUGGAUGCCAGAACUUCGCCGGUUUGUGCCUAAUGUUCCUAUAGUUUUGGUUGGAACAAAAUUAGAUCUCCGUGAUGACAAAGCUUAUCUUGCUGAUCAUCAUGGUGCAACAACAAUAACUCCAGCACAAAGAGAAAGGCUGAGGAAACAAACUGGUGCUGCAGCAUAUAUUGAAUGUACCUCCAAAACCCAACAGAACGUCAAAGCUGUAGUUGAUACUGCAAUCAAGGUGGUUCUUCAACCCCCACAAACGAAGGAGUCUGCCAAGAAAAAAACCAAAAGAAGCUCUGGCUGUCUAAUGGCAAAUCUCAUGUGUGGAGGCGGCACAUGCGUGAGCUAGAACUAGCUUCAAACUCUAUCGUCAUGCUGAAAACUGUGACGGCUUGUCCAAGUUAGCAGAAUCUAGUU